AUGCCGAGUACCUGCCACAGUUGUGACAAGGCGAUCGCUCAAAGGGCCGAAACUAUCGAGUGCAUCAAGUGCAAGGAGGUCGUCUGCCACAAGAAAUGUGUCCCGGCGUCCCAGGCGCCAAGCUGGACUUGUACAGCGUGCUCGUCGAGUGGCCCGGACGGCCUGACUCUGCAGCAUAUUUUGGCGGCGAUUGAGGCAAGCAGCUCAAAACAAGAAAAAAUGCUAAAGGACACCGAGGCCAACCUAGGUGCGGCCAUCGAAAACUGCACGGCCACCGUCUCCGUGCUCACCGCCAAGGUCGAGUCGCUCGAGAAGAACGUCGGCUCUCUGGAGGCCGACAACGAACAGCUGCGUAACAGGGUGAGCGAACUUGAGGCCGCGCUGCUCGCCACCGAGCAGUACUCGCGGGUCAACGACGUUGACGUUGUGGGGAUCCCUUGUUUCAAUGGGGAAAAUGUCGAUGUGAUUCUGGACAGUCUUGGCAAGGCCCUGCAUUUUCCGCUGUCCCGGGAAAAUGUUGAAGUUGCACAUCGAACCGGGCCGGCCUCCGCCACCCAACGGGGGAUCAUCGUCCGGUUCCUGCGGAAACCAGACAAAGAAGGCUUCCUCCGUGCCCGUAAGGUUAAACGUGACCUUACUGUAAAUGACCUUGAUAUCUUCAAAGACAAGCCUGCGUUCAUCCCGCACGCUAGUUCCAUCAUCUACAUUAGGGAGAGCCUCAGCCAGUCUAUGAGAACUCUCUUUAAUAAUGCCCGCCGUCUGAGAGCCGAAGGAAAACUUAGUGAUGUGUGGGUUUCCGGGGGGAAACUCUUUGUGAGAAAGCAAACAAAUAGUGAAAGGACUCAAAUUUUAUCUCUUGUUCAUCUAUGGCGCUUUGUCGAUCAAUAAUGUUUCUACCAGUGUUUCAUUG